AUGAUCAAGCUGCCUGAUCCCAAGGACCUACGCGAUGAGAGCCCCAGCGAUGCAGAUGUGAGUUACGACGCGAGUUCAGAAAGCCUGCUGCCCGAUGAGGAUUCGAAGACCAGCCACAGUUCGCAAGGGCCAGCUCAAGAUCUAACUGGCACAGGUCUAACAUCGCAUCUAGAGAAAGCGCCUCUCAAGAGUGAAAGUCACACGUCGCCGAGUUCGUUCCCGAGUGUAGAAGCCUCACAGCCUGGUUCUGAAAACAAGAAAAAAAGGAAGCUAGAGUCGGAAGACAGUGAAGAUGCCACCAAAUACAGCGAGGGGCCUGGAGAAGGCCCAUCUACAGGACAAGGAGGGUCCCUAGCAAGGUCGAAAACCAGCAAGGGCAAGCAAAAACAGGUGGACGGCUCAGACUCGAGCCAUCAAGGGGCAAAGAAGAAGAAGGCAGCAUCAGGAAAGCCAAAUACGGAGAAUAAGGAGGACAGAGAAAGACGAAGCCCAUCAGCUAGUGGGGCGGAAGCAUGGUAUGACUGGGACUAA